AUGGGAGGGGAAGAGCAAAAGGGAAAAAGUUUUCUGACUCAAAGCGGUGAGAGACCAAAGCGUGGGCCAAUCAGAGCGCGGCGAAAGGCCUGUAUUGUCAUUUCCGUACCGCCAUUCCUCGUAUUGACGUACCAUCUGGUAAUCCCAGUAAUAUUACCAAUCGAAUUCCUCGUUAUCGAUCUGAUAACAGACUUCCCUAGGUAUCCAUGCAUGGAUAUUCCGGGAUCUCCUGACUACUCUGCACACUUCAAACUUGAUACGUCAAUCUCAGGGGAAGAUUCAUUGAACCUUCUCUACCAUCUUCCGGCGCUUCUGAGAUACAUCGGAGGAGCACCGGAUGUAAUCCUGCCACAGGACUUUUCCCAGGAAAGCAGUCCUCUCCUGGCAACUUGCGAAAUACAUCUUACCAGACCCCGCAUCCGGAUGGAGCAUGCGCCAUCAUUAUACCCAGAUAGCACGCGAUGCCAUGCCUGA